UAUGUAAAUAUUUAGAAACUUUGACAACUUAUGUCAAACCUAAAAUAUGAAAUCAUUUAUAAGUUGAAUGCAACAAGAAAAAGUGAUAUAAAUACAUUGCGCCCUAAUAACAAAACAAAGUAUUAAAAGAUGUCCGACGUUAAUUGUAUAUUUAAGCAAAUAGAAAAGAUUCUGAAAAUUGACACAAACACCGAGUUCAUGGUUGCGGUUUUCAAUGAAAUCAUCAAGUGUAAUAGCAGCCUGAACGAAAAUGAUAUAUUUGACGUUUUAAGGACAUUUCUAAACAACAUAAUCAAAGAAAUCGAUGAACUUGGUACUAUCAUCAAAAACAACGAUGGUGUCAGUAUCAGUGUCAAAAAUCAAAAAAUGUUGCGUACCUGUUAUCAAAUAAUUACGUCGUUUGGUAUAUCAUCAUGUUUAUUGCCUGGUUUAGGAAUCAGCCUGUCCAAGAGGUGUGCCACUGCAAAGUCACUGCCAACAUUAUCACUUAAAGAUACAGAUAAAUAUGAACUACUAGUUUCGUGUACAGAUUUCUUGUCCAGAAGUUAUGAAGUGCCAGUACUUAAAAAUAUUAUAUUAACUUUUCAUUUGUCCGAUUAUCUGGCAGCACUUAUACAAUUAGCCUUUGCCCCUUUGAAGAAACCUGGAGAUUAUUCAAAUUUCACUAUGACUCAAGAGCUGUACAACAAGUUAUUGUUUGAUAAGCAGAAAUAUAUAAAAACUUAUGAGUACUUAGUGAAUAAUUGCUUCCAGCCAAUGUUAAUGAAGGAACUUUUAGUAUUACAGAAUAUAACAGAGCACCCACUGCCAAUGUUUGCUAAGAAAGUUAUUUCAAAGGAAAUGAGUAAGCGUCUCACAGCUUCUGGUGGGUUACUCAGCCUGAUUAGAUGUUUCAUUGAAAGCCACGAGGUCGACGUCGGUGUCGAGUGGAAGAAAAUAGAAAUGAUCUGUAAAAUAGUUACUUGUAGGCACUUGAACUUGAGUGAAGAGGACUACUUGACUAACAUUGUCUCGCAGUUAAGGCAUAUAUACACUAUGAAUAAUAAACAUUACUUGAUAACAGCAUCUUCGUGCUUACUAAGCUUAUAUACAAAAUACAAUAAAUCCAUAUCAGUGAUAAAUUUGCUCAAUGAAGUCUUUGGUAGUUUUGAUAAUGAAGCCUUAUUGGCCGAUGCUUUACCGGGAACUAUUAUAUUGGUGUCACAGCAAGUCCAACACAACAUACAGAUCCUUCAUGCAUGUACAGCUAUAACGCAAUAUGAGCUACCAAUACAUAUGUCCAAGAACUUGUAUGUGCUGUAUCUCUUAAGGCUCAACUGUACCAAAACUGAAAUGAAGCUCAAAUUAAAUGACAUUAUACUCAAAAUUAUGGAGUUAUUAAAUAAAAGUGAGAUAAAAAUUGUAAUUGAACAAAUUCUUUUUGGACUGAACAAUCACAAUUCUCAUAAAAUCAUAGCUAAAGAAUACGAGUCUGGUCUUUCAGUGAAAUGUGUAACGGGGGACUUUGAAUAUCCCAGCGACGAGGCAGUUAUAUAUUUUAUAGAAAUGUUUAAUUUAAUAACGAACAAUGAUGUCGUUUGUAACAUAUUCGAAGCCUGCUUAUUAAAAUUUAUUGAAUUGAAUAAAGAAAACGAAACAUGCGAUAAAGAGGCUUUUCUGUUGGUCGAAGAUGAGCCUGAGGUGCUUAACUCGGUUGGCAAAAAGUGUGCUCAUAUGCUUCAUAUCCUAACCGAAAUAUCAGCAACCGAGAAGGUUAUAACCAUUUUGAAAGACAAACCACUUCUUGUGCUAGAUUUCGUUGAAUCAUUGUUACUAAAUAAUAUUAACCCAAUAAAUGAUGAGUGUUGUACUAUUGCUCUUGUUCUUCUCAAUACUAUUGUAGCUAACAUUGAGAAAACCGAGGACAUACAAACAAGACUUAAUGGCCUGAUGCCGAGACUGAAACAAUUGUCGGGGGAAAAUUCUUCGUAUGUAAAUGUUUUGUCCAAGGAAACGUUGUCUUUGAUCGAAAUGGAAUGUCCAAAAGCUGAUAAAAGUGCUUACGAAAAAGCAGUGUCCAAUAUUUAUGACAAGUUACUGCCAGUGCGAGUUCAUGGGGUCAUUGAACUCACUAAACUAAUCGACAAAUCAGAUGUGGAGACCAUUUCUAAGAGACAUUUCAUAUUUUGCCUCUUCCAGGAACAACUCAGACAUCCCGAUUCCUAUAUGUAUCUAGCAUCAGUGAACGGUAUAGCCUCGCUGGCUAUGCACUGCACCGCUGAAGCGUUGUCUAUACUUUGUAGAGAAUAUUUAGAAGUUUCUCCGGAUAUCAGAAAUAAUGAGAGUGAAAACCAAAACGCAGAACUCAGAAUGAAAAUAGGAGAUGUUAUAGUUAAAGUUACGAGGAGACUAGGCGAGAUGGCGGUAGUUCAUAAAACGAUUUUACUUAACACGAUGCUGUGCGCCUGCAAGGAUGAUGACCCGCUGAUAAGAACGUCGGCUCUAUCGAAUCUAGCAGAAAUAGCAUUGGUUUUGAAUUACAAAAUCGGUUCUAUUUUAUACGAAUUAUUGCUAUGUGUUUGGGACGUUAUAAAUGGGGAUCCGGCGUUGGAAUGUCGGAGAGCAGCUGUGAUGGUUUUGGCCAACCUAAUCAAGGGUCUUGGCAAAGAUACCCUAGUAGAACUAAACGAUACUCUACUACCCAUCUAUAAGACUCUCCUCAAACUCUACAAAGAUGAUGACGAGGAUUCGUUAGUUAGACUCCAUUCGCAAAUCGCUCUAGAGGAACUAAAUGACAUCGUCAAAGGAUUCCUCACACAAUGUCUUCCGUACGAAAAAGAAAUUUCACUAACAACGACCCCCAAUAAUAUAAUUUUCAAAUAAAACAUAUUAAUAUUCAUAAA